AUGUCAGAACGUUUGCCGAACUCAUGGACCGAUUUCCUUAGUAACGAAGCGCCUAUCGAUGAAUUCAUCCCCAAUAUAUUCCAUGAAAUGGAUGACAUCGACAUUCUGUUACACUAUUCACCGAUACAAUCAAGCACCGGUUCUUCAAUCGAUUAUCCGCCCUUUGGCUACUCAUCCCGUUCAUCAUCGGCUCUAUUUCAAGAGAUCGGUACACAUCCGCUUACGAACUCGCCCCAUACCUCUAUCCAGGACUGGCCCUAUACCUCUAUCCAGGACUCGCCCCGUACCUCUAUCCAGGACUCGCCCCGUACCUCUAUUCAGGACUCGCCCCCUGGGCUUGAGCAUUUUACACCCGGCUCCUCCCCCCCUCCACCAGUCCCUGCUAUCUCCAACGACUCCCAUCUCAGCCUCAAGUACCGUUGCAAUAUUCGCGGCUGCCGAAACCGUUCAGGGUUCACAAGCCUGAAAUCACGUCUAGUACACGCUCGAAAAGUCCACAAAACCCACUUUUUCUGCAGUUGCCCGGAAUGUCCAUGGGUGCACACGUACAGAAGUUUCCCAACUAAGGAGGCUUUGGAUGAACAUUGGCGGGUGUCUCAUCCGAACGUGAACCAUUUCAGAUGCUCAGAGUGUUCAUAUACGACUGAUAACGUAACAAACAUCCAACUGAAACAUCUUAACGUGCAUUUUAAAGAGGAGGGCGAUAUAUCAGAAGCAAUGGUGAGGAUUCGGCAAGAGAAGGAGGCAAGACGUGGACGGCGCAGGGGACAGACUGAGAGCGAUUAA